AAAUAGACAAAUUAGCGAUUGUCUAAUUUAAUUGUUGUAGACCACAAAUGCAAUUCAUUUAAAAUAGUAAGAGAAAUAGAACACAGAGUCACACAUGUUAAACUGCAUGAAACUUUGUAGAAGUUGUUUAAGAUGCCUAAUUAAAGCAAAAAGUGGUCUAACAUCUACACACGAGUGCCUAUUGCUUAUAAUAUCAGUGAUUACUCAGCGGAAAUUGAAAUCUGAGUUUUGUAUGCAGGUAGGUAUAUAAAAGGUAUAAAUGACAAAUCUCGAGGUGUUCUAAUACCUCCCCACUGUAUCUCUCAUGCUGUCAGCACACCUGUUAUAGUCAGACUCAUUAACUGUACGUUCCUCCUGUAAUGUCUCAGAUCUUUUCUGCACAUCAGUGCAGUUCGAAUUUGCACUGUGUUGUAAGAUAUUAAGGAAGAAGACAGUAUAAAAAGGAGCCAGUUCAAGAUGACCCAUGCAGUGCGUGAUGCAUGCUUUCUCCAUGAGCAUGCAGAAUACAAGGAGACCAUCAGAUUCAACACUUCAAUAAAUAUACAACCAAAAGGUUCAGAAUCGUGUCAAAAGAAAUUCAUGGGUUUGUUUUUUGGAAUGCACUGCAUUUUUUUCGAUGAACCUCUUUUUUUUUCGUUGUACAGUUUUAAGAAUUGAAACGGUCUUGGUAUAACCCUGUAUGCAAAAGAGGUUGUUUUUUGGGUUUUUUUUUUUUUUUUUUUGUAAAGUGGCCUGUUGAUGUAAAAAUAUCUUGUGAAUCCUGUAUCUGAAUAUUUUUUGUCGCGUUUUGUUGUUGCUUAUACUUUUAUUUUAUAUAUACCGUACAUACCGAAAGCACCUUAUUUUAAUUUUAAAUAAAAAAAAUAAAAAUAAAUAAGAUUUAAGAAAAAUCUGUUUGAUCUCUUCUCUUCAUAGUUGUUUAGUCACGUUCAUAUAUAUAUAUAUAUAUUUUGUCUCUUAUAAUAAGUACUCUCCAUGGCUCCCAGACCAGUUAUACACAAUUAGCUUCUAUCACGUAAUAUUCAUUACUGUGAAUGCCACCCCAGCAACACUGAUAAGGAGGUAUGAUUUGCAUGGCCCCUGGGAGAUAGCAGCUGAUGCUUGGAGGAAGUCAUUCUAAAAUGGAAUCACUCAAUAUUUGUAAUGCAAAUUGACCAUUAGUCUGGAACUGAAAUGAUAGAAAGCAGGCUGUGUUUUAGAAAUUCCCAUAAAAUAACCGGUCAAGCUUUCCGAGGAAGUCUGCGUCAGUGUGUAUGUGUGUGUGUGUAUGUGUGUGUUACACAAGCUUCCUCCCUCCCUCUGCUCUUACUGCAGUAUAGAAAUGUUAUCUCCCCUUGUUUCUUCAUUGCAAUAAAACUCCAAUAUGUUUCAAAUCUAAACAACAUUUUUAAAGGGCUUCUACCUACUUCUAAAUAGUUUCUUACAGUAAUCUUUACUGUACCCCUUUAGAAAUAAGAAUAAUGCUAUAUUCUUUCUGUCAAGCUGUUUAUGGAAGUUUUAAUGAUUUAAUUAAAGUUCAGACAGAAACAUACAACAGUUAACACCAAUAAAUGGUCAGGUCGGUUCACCAACCCACACAGCGUGAUGCUUUUCAUAAUAGGACAGGAUCCUACAUCUCGUCUUUCAUUUGUAUGUUAAAUGCCUUCUGCCAUCUACUGCAACUCAUGCAAAUGGAGAGAUAAGAGAAGCACUGUAAUCUGUAAACCAGGCUGUUCCUUCUCAAAACACAGCAUUGACUUCAGCCAGUGAGCAUCUCCGAGGUGAGCCUACAGUACAACAAACUAACUACACCAGCAGAACAGUAAUGGGGUUCACCCAAGAAUAAGGAAACGAUCUGGAGAAUUCCUAUCAAAGACUAACAGACCUAAUCAUAACAGUAGCCAUUAACACUCCACCAACGUCAUUAACACAACCAUGCCUGCAAACAAUCGUUUUGUUCUUGUGCUGAUGUUGGCCAGCUUUUCCAAAACUUUUGAGGAAGCACGGUACAUUAACUCCAGUGCCAGCCACUCCGCCACAUCUGGAGAGGUAUUUCCGUGGAGCAGCUACCGGCUCCCAGACUCCAUUAUCCCUGAACAUUACUACAUUACCAUCCAUCCAGACUUCCAGAAUAGGACCUUCACCGGGAGGGUGAAGAUCCUGCUGGCCGUCUUGAAGGACACGAACCAUGUGGUGCUGCACAGCAAGAACCUACAGAUGAGGGAGGCUCUUCUUCUGCCGUUACCAGAACAUCACAACCAGAAGAAGCUCUCGCUGCGCUUGCAGGAGUCUGUGCAGAACGAACAGGUGGCGUUCACCUCCGGCACCACCUUGCAGGCAGGGAGGAAAUACGAGCUCUUUAUUAGCUACACAGCGGCCCUCUCCAACAGCUUCUCUGGGUUUUACAAAGCCUUCUACAGGACAAGAAAUGGGACAACAAGAAUGUUAGCCUCAACCCACUUUGAAGCCACGUCUGCCCGGAAAGCAUUCCCCUGUUUUGACGAGCCUAGCAUGAAGGCAGUGUUUACAAUCACGAUCACCCGGGACCAGCAGCACCAUGCCAUCUCAAACAUGCCAAAGAGGACCACCAUGCCCAGGGCAGACGGGUUACUGGAGGAUCACUUCCUGCACAGUGUGAAGAUGAGCAGCUACCUAGUAGCUUUCGUUGUCAGUGACUUUGCUUCCAACAGCACUGCAUCUAAAAGAGGCACCAAGGUUUCAGUUUUUGCUCCAAGUGAACAAAUGGACCAGACACAGUAUGCUCUCCAUGCCGGUGUGAAAAUACUGCAGUUCUUCGAAGAGUACUUCCAGAUUCCAUACCCCCUUCCAAAAAUAGACCUGGUAGCUAUCCCUGACUUUGAGGCCGGUGCCAUGGAGAACUGGGGCCUGAUUACCUUCCGGGAGACCUCCCUGCUGUACGAGCCCAAAACAUCGACAAUGCGCAACAAGCUGUGGGUCACCCUGGUCAUUGCUCAUGAGCUGGCUCACCAGUGGUUUGGAAACCUGGUCACCAUGGAGUGGUGGAAUGACCUUUGGUUAAACGAAGGCUUCGCCACCUACAUGGAGUUCAUUGCCACUAAUCACUUAGAGCCCAGCUUGUAUGCGGAAGAUCAGCUUCUCAUCACCACUUUCUACCAAGCCCUGGAGAAGGACUCCUUCAGGACCUCUCACCCCAUCUCUCUGCCUGUCAGGAGCUCAGCGCAGAUCAGAGAGAUGUUUGACGUGGUCUCCUACUGCAAGGGUGCCAGUAUUCUACGAAUGCUGCACAACCUCCUGACAGAGCCUAUAUUUACUCGUGGAAUCAGAGCCUAUUUGAAAGAACACAGUUACAGCAAUGCCCACCAAGACCACCUGUGGCAAGCUCUUACUAAGAGUGCUUUGGAGGCUGGCAAGAGUGUGAAUGUGAAAGCCAUCAUGGACACCUGGACGAUGCAGAAAGGGUACCCGCUGGUGUCUGUAACACUACAAGGAAGGAAACUCAAACUUUCCCAGAGCAUUUUCACUCUCUACCCACAAAGCAACACAGGCUUCCUUUGGCAGAUUCCUUUUACGUUUUAUACAAGCAAUUCAACUGUCGUCAUCAGCCAUCUAGUGAAGAGCAAAGAAGAAUCCAUUGAUCUCCCCCAUGAUGUUGCCUGGAUCAAAGCUAAUGUGAACUCCACUGGCUUCUACAGAGUGUCCUAUGAUCUCCCAACGCUGCGUGUCAUCAGCAGCCAGCUGAGAGAAAGGCACAGCACGUUCAGCAGGAGUGACAGGGCCAGCCUCAUUGAUGAUACAUUCCACCUGGCCAGCCAGGGGACCCUGAAGUACAGCAAGGCCUUCUCUCUCAGCCUGUUCCUGGGGAAGGAGAAGGAAUAUCUCCCCAUAAGAGUGUUUGUUGCCCACAUGACCCGCAUGCUCAGUAAAUUUGCUUUCAGCAGAGAGCACUGUGUUAUGCAGCUGAUAAAGAAACACAUCCAUAGUUUGCUGGGGGUGCUGAUGCAGGCUCAGCUUUGGGAUGACAGCGGCACCUUGCCUCAACAGAACCUGCGCACCCUCCUCCUCUCCAUCGCCAACGGGUACAGGAGUCUCCCCGCAGCAAAGCACGCAGAGAAACUCUUCCACCGCUGGAUGGAAGCUGAUGGGAAAACCCAGUUGCCCAGGACUCUCCGAGGAAUGAUAUUCCGGAUAGGGAUAAAGAAGGGUGGAGACAGGGAAUGGACGUUUUUACUGCGCAAGUAUAUCGAAAGCACUUCCAGCGCCGAUAAAGUGCAGAUCCUGGCAGCCUUGUCCCGAACUAGGAGCACAAGAAAGAAGAAAUGGUUACUGAAUGCAGCGUUGCAGAACCGGGUGAUCAAGACUCAGGAUUUUGGCACCAUCGUCAGACAACUGGCUCGCUCUCCAAAGAGUAACCAGUUAGUCUGGAAGUUUGUACAGCGACACUGGAGCAAGCUCGUCAAAAAGUUUUCUUUAGGUUCAAGAUAUCUGUCUCGUAUCAUUGUUUCAAUAACCUCGAAGUACACCACCAGAAAGAAGUAUAAGGAAGUUAAGAAAUUCUUUUGCUCUCAGAAGAACCUCAGAAACCUUGCCUUUGUCAGGCAGUCCCUGGAAAUGAUCAAAGUCAAUAUCUUGUGGCUGAAGAAGAAUAAAAAACAGAUCAAGUCUUGGCUUCGCGAGGAGUACACUGAAACAUACACAACAGGCAGGCACUGCAGACUAGCAACAGCAAAACAAUGGGGGAUUGUGCAUUACACUACAUGGCUGCACCACACAUAAAGCAGGCAAUAACUUACAGGAAUUACUUAUGCUAUGAUGUCAUUUUUUCCAUUUCCUGAUAUGUAAAUAGGGUUACGGGAAGAUGACAGGACAGCGCAACAAUCCCUCUCAGGAAGCAUCUUGUUUUAUGGUAGUUACUUUUCAUUAUUUCUAACAAAUUGCAGUCUUCUAUCAACAUUAGAAAUAUUUAAUAAGAUUUUUAAACAGGUAAUUGAUAAAAAUAGACCUAUCAAUAGAUAUACAGUAGAGUAAUACCGAAUAAAAAACAACUAUGAUUUCCAUUAUUGCUUUUGUUCACCGCUAAGGGACAGGGGUAGCUUUAACACUUGACGUUUCAAUUUAAAUUAAUUCUUAAGACUUUUAUUCGUGUUAUUGGUAAAUGUAAACUGGAAUGCGUUCCUUGUGAUAAUUAGAGAAUUGUAGGCUGAAGGGGAGGGCUCUUUUAAGAUGGUUAGGGGGGGAGGGGGCACUAUUCGGGGUUCUAGCAGGGCAGUGUAGUUUAGGGGCAUCUGUCAGUCAUAGGCCAGCUGCAAUGGCAGGUCACAGCGUUUGAGAGAAGUUCUUCAAAUCACACUUUUUAAUGUAUUUCCCAUUGAUAAUGUAAAAUUAAACAAAUACAAAUUUGCAUGGUCAGUCUGUUUUACUUGUGUUUGUUGCGCAUUCAUGUUUAUUUGUGACUGUCUAAGCCAGUGAUGUUGUAAAUAUCAGAGCCGAAGAUAUUCCAAAAGUAA